AGAGGAGCUGGAAAGGCUUGUGGUGCUGAUGUGCUCUGGCACCUGAUGUGUGCCAGCAGCCUUCUCAUCAAGGGGACCUGGACGUCACUGUCACCAUAGAGACAGAAAUGAGGAUUCGAUUUCAAAAGGUGAAGAGAAGCUGGCAAUUAGGAAGGAGAAAGCAUUUUCUGCUGCAGGUCUGAGAAAGGGCAGGCUGGCAUGGAGAAAGAGAAGUUCCAGCAGAAGGCUCUGAAGCAAACUAAGCAGAAGAAAUCCAAGUCGGCUGAAUUUCUGAUGGUAAAAGAAGAGAGAGCAGCAAUAGAAGGCAUUGAAAAUCCAGCUUUUAAUGUCAGCAGCACAGAUCUUUCAGCAUAUCAGCCUUCAAAAGAGAAAGUUACUACACAUGACAAGCCAGAUAGCACCCUUGCAGCUCACCAACAAAAACUCAGGCUACAAGCCCAUGCUGAACCAAGAGGAAAUGAAUACAGCAGAAAUUACUUUGACCUGUUGAUGGAUGAGGAAAUAAACCCAAGGCAGUGUGGGAUGGAGGUCAGUGAAGAAGAUCCUGUGAAAUUUGAUGAGCAAAUCCUUUAUGGUAAAUUGAUGAAGCUUCUAGAUGAAGAAAACAUAACAUUGGACUUACAAGCCAGUGUUGCCAGUGAGGAUUUUCCAGACUCCGUGAUGCCUGUCAGCUCCAGUAAAGCACAUGACCUUCACAGGGAGCUUGAAGAUGAAGAGAUUCCUUCAUAUAUCGAACAAUUUGAGAGAGAUGUUCAGGAUGACAUAAUUCUGCUUGGCAGCUUUUCACUGGAACAGAUUUUAACGUUUUCUUUUGUGGCUAAAAUCUUAACUGAAUAUGUGCCUUGGCAACCUAAGAGAGCCUAUCCUCUGAUUGCCUCUGUAGAUGCCCAAGUUAAUCCUGAAUGUUCUUCCCUCUUCUCUAACUGCUGCAGAGUGAGAAGUCAGCUGUUGAAAGCAGAGGGGAAUGAAAGUGAAGAAGAAAUGGUAGCCAGCUUUGGUAACCUUGCAGUUCUGAAUGCUGGAUUAAAUGUAGCAACAGGACCUUGUAAGAAGGUUGACUGCUCCAAGACACCACAGCUGAUAGAAAUUCACGUCAAAUGCCUAAGGGGAGUCAAAGAUAAGGUCCCUAAAGGCCACUACACUCUCAAAGUUUCUGUUCUCAGCCGCUUAGGUGGUGAUUUGCUGGAGUGGCCCAAAAUGAAGGAGCAGCCUCAGGCCAGGACGACGCUGCCUGUUAGUCACAACGGAAACUUCUACAACACUGAAAUCUACUUUGAACAAAGUAUCCAGACAGUUCUACCACCUACAAAAGCUGUGAAGCCAGGCAUGGUACUCCUUUUUGAACUCUUCCUUCUUCGUGGGACACAUACUUGGAUUGAUCGAGAAGUGGGAUGGGGAGCUUUUCCUGUGUGUGACAACAAUUUUAAUACUUUGGAGGGAAAAUUUAAGUGUCCAUUCCUUAGAGGUCAUUAUGACACCAAAAUUGACCGAUUCAAGAAAAUUGAAAAUUUAAUUUCUCAAGACUUGGAUCACUGGUUAUGCAAUCUCUAUUUCCAGAUAACUAAACUACCACAGGAUUCAGAUGAGCAAAGUAAGCGUGGUAUGCAUCUUAAUCUCCUGCCCGAACAUGUUAUGUAUUCAAGCACUGCUGAAAAGAAUGGUGUCUCAGAGAAUGUUGAACAGCCUGGACUGCAAGGUGAUGGAUUCAAACUUUCAUGUUUUUAUUCAGGCUUUCAUUGGAGCAACCCAUAG